AUGUACAAAGAGAGCGAGACAAUGGUCAGGUGCAUAGCGGGAACAACAGAGCCUUUCAAGGUAGAAGUGGGGUUACAUCAGGGGUCAGCGUUGAGUCCGUUCCUAUUUUCCAUCAUCAUGGACACCCUCAAAGAGAGCAUCAGGAAAGAGGCUCCUUGGAACGUGAUGUUUGCUGACGAUGUGGUGCUUUGCUGCGAGGAGAAAAUCGAGCUAGAGGAGGACCUGGAGAGGUGGCGCGAUAGACUGGAGAAGAGAGGAAUGAAGGUAUCAAGAGCGAAGACGGAGUACAUGUGCUUGAACAAGGUGUCCAGAGGAAGUAUACGAAUGCAAGACCAACAACUGCCAGAAGUAAGUGAAUUCAGGUACCUUGGUAGCACAGUACACUCGGAUGGUGGAGUAGAAACAGAGAUCAGCAGAAGGAUCCAAUCAGGAUAA